AUGGCUCCUCCGCCCUCUGCGAGCUUACCUCUCGGCGACAGGAUUAUAGCUCUCGCCAAAACUUUACAAUUUGCCUGGUUUAGCGGACACCUCGUACUCCUCUUGUGUAUCACCCGAUACUUCUUCAGUUUCAUUUCCUUUAACUCUACAUCACGCUGGGCUCGAUUUUCCUAUCGUACGGCCUUCAUCUCGGCCGCCGUGACGUAUGGAAUCGUUGUUUACAAGACAUGGCGAGCUCGACAGAAGGUUGGAGCCAAGAAUCCAGGAAUUUUAGGUCUUCUCUCCGAUGAGAACGUCCAAUAUCUCGCCAUGGCACUUGUAUGGCUACUAUCUCCUCAGUAUGCCUUUGCCCUGUUUCCUUAUGGGAUAUAUUCCGUAUUCCAUGUCGCAACCUACACGCGCAACAAUGUUAUCCCUACCAUCCAACCCAAUAAGGCGCCUGCUGGUGCCUCUCCUGGUACCAAGUCGCAGUAUGCCAACCCUCUGGCCGAGGCUAUUGGGACUUUCGUGAAGCAAUACUAUGACAUGUCCAUGUCUAUAGUUUCAAGCCUAGAGAUUCUACUUUGGUUCCGAUUGUUCCUAUCAGCUAUCUUCUUCCAGCGUGGUUCCUGGAUCCUCAUCAUCAUCUACACCGUCUUCCUCCGAACUCGCUUUGCACAAAGCACCCAUGUGCAAGAUUCCUUUAGAAACCUCGAAUCACGAUUGGACUCCUUGGUUGGCGCCCAGGGUAACCCCCCAGCUCUGCGCUCUGUUUGGGAAGGCGUUAAGAAUGGCACGCGCCAGUUCCAUGAUAUUACGGACCUAGGCAAAUAUGCAAACGGCUCUGCGGUUCCCAAGAAGACUUCCUAA